AUGGCCAUGCUCUUCAACAGCUUCACGGUCUCCUGCAAAUCCGUGCCGGAGUUCAUGGCCCGGGCCCUCUAUGGCCCCAUCUCCCUUUCCCUGGCCCUUCAACCCCAUCACCAAACAAGCACCCCCAGCAAAGAAACUUUUGAGGGGAGAUCUAUACUUCGCCCGCUUCUUGCCGAGGCCUGGGCUCUGGAGCUGUCUCAUGUGGCUCACGCCAUGGAGGAGAUGGUCCUCGCCAUCCAAAAGGGGCUCGACAGGGCAGAGUUGAAGCUCGUGGCGCUCGCGAAGGCAAUGUCUGAUGCCGUGCAAACCGCCUCCGAUCAAACAAAAACCACGGCGGACGAGGAAGUGUUGGACUUCGACAUCGCUGAGUACACGAAGUGCGGCUCAAAGAGGAAGGACGCAGAGAAGAAAAAGGCGCACUACGGCAAGGGAAACAAGGCGCGUACGGAAGGAGAUUGGAACUGCCCGAAGUGCAAAUUCCUUGUCUGCGCCGUCAAGGAGGAGUGCACGAAGUGCGGCGUAAAGAGGAAGGAUGCAGAGCGGGUCCGAGAAGAUAUGGCUGCCGAGGGACUCCUUCGCAGGGCGAAGCUCGAAGCAUACUGCAGCAUGGUCCAGAUCUCGAGACUGGACCCUGCUCAGCAGGCGAAGGAAAGCAGGAAACUGAUGAGGACCUGGCAUCCGGACAAGAAUGCCAACAAGGUGGCUGAAGCAUCGGCCAAGACCCCUGCUGCCGAGCCAAGAACGACUCUUGCCCUGCAUUUGCGUGUUGGUUCAAGUCCUCGAAGCAUUCCGGAAACACCCGAAGAUGACACGGCUCAGGUGACAGCGAUAGUUGGACAUGUGGCGUGUGAAGCAGUCACUAACUGGCAUGGGGUUGCGGCAGCCGUGGCGGCAGAGGAACUUCAGCCGAUCGCCACGACUCCUUUCUCCGAGGGAAACCAACCAAAAAUCGGCGAAAAAAUCGACGAGGAUGCGGCGGCGCUGGCGGCAGCGAGCCUUGCUUGCACGUCUGGACAGAGUACAAGAUGUACAAGUACCGUAGCUGUCUUGUUUGCAACGGGCCUGAAAUGGCCUGAGAAGACCAGUGUCUGUGAGUCAGGAGAGCCGAGAAGCCCGCAAGGAGAAGAAGCGCUUGCUUUGGACGAGGUGGCUGAAACAUCGGCCAAGACCCCUCCUUCGGAGCCAAGAACGAAAGCGUCUCAGCAAGACUUGGGAGCCUUGCAGACAUCGGCCCAGGCAAAGGAGGAACUUCAGCCGAUCGCCACGACUCCUUUCUCCGAGGGAAACCAACCAAAAAUCGGCGAAAAAAUCGACGAGGAUGCGGCGGCGCUGGCGGCAGCGAGUGGCGCCGAGAGUUUGGAGAACAGAGCGACACGACUUCGUCCAGAAAAGCAGGAGCCGAGAAGCCCGCAAGCGCGUGCUUUGGACGAGAUGGCUGAAACAUCGGCCAAGACCCCUCCUUCGGAGCCAAGAACGAAAGCGUCUCAGCAAGACUUGGGAGCCUUGCAGACAUCGGCCCAGGCAAAGGAGGCGGUCACAAACUGGCAUGGUGUGGAGGGCCGUGUUGACUUCGUGGAGCAGGCCGUCGUGGACCUCAACAUUGAGGCAGCAACGGGAAGCGCAUUUUUGCACACCAUCAAGAUGCGUGACCCCUUCCAGAAUGAACAAGGUUCGAGAGCUGCGGGGCCUUCUCCUGGCCUUGCAGGCUGGCCCCAGCUCCUGCGUCAGUAG